CAUACGUUCGUAAAGCUAUUGAAGUCAUUGUUCCUAAAACGAGUUGUUUGUUAUUUCCAACGGUCCACGGUCGAGGCCAGUUGUGUUACUUGUCGGCGCAGACGCAUAUUUACCCAAACAUCUGUUUAAAAUGACUAAAGUAAAUAUACCAACAGUGAAGCUGAACAAUGGGUUGGAAAUGCCGGUCCUAGGUUUGGGAACAUGGCUCGGAGUUGAUGACAAGUUGCAAUUCCUCACAGCUGAUAUACCUAAGUUGGUUGAGGCACUGUCCUAUGCCAUAGACAUCGGAUACAAGUACCUGGAUACUGCACAUCUUUACCGUGUCGAGCCUGAAAUAGGGCAAGUUCUGAAUAAAAAGAUAAGAGAGGGUGUCAUCAAGAGAGAAGAUGUUUUUAUUACAACCAAGAUUUGGCAACACAACCAUCGUGAGAGUGAUGCUAUCCAAUCAGUGAAAGAUAGCUUACGUCGUUUGAACCUCGACUAUGUUGACCAAGUACUAAUACAUUGGCCAAUGUCCUUUACGCCGGAAGGAGUGGACGAAAAAAUUGACUACUUGGAAACUUGGAGGGGCCUUGAAAAAGUUUUGGAAAUGGGCUUGGUGAAGUCCAUAGGCGUAUCGAAUUUUAAUGUCGACCAGUUGAAGAGAUUGCUCGCCAACUGCCGCGUGCCGCCUGUAGUUAAUCAAGUGGAAAUCAAUCUAACCUUGGGUCAAAAGGAGUUGGUCGAUUUCUGCCAAUCAAAUAAAAUACAGGUUGUAGCGUAUUCCCCGUUCGGGGCGAUGAUGCCAUUCCGUCAGCUUCCUGACAGUCCCGAACCAAAGUUGAAUAACCCUACAAUGUUGGCGAUUGCUAAGAAAUAUGGGAAGACUGUGACGCAGAUUACCUUGAGAUAUUUGUACCAACGAAACAUUAUAAGCAUACCAAAGACAAUAACCAAAUCCCGCUUGGUGGAGAACGCAUCCAUUUUCGACUUCAACCUCGACGCGGAUGAUGUGGCAGUCAUUGCUAAAUUUGAUGUCGGUUACCGCUCCAUUCUACCUGUGUUCUGGCAAGAUUUGGAAAACUAUCCCUUCCCGAAUGAAAGGCGUCCUGAAAAGGAGGAUCCACCUCUCUGCUACAGAAUAUGGAAGAAUGGCGCCAACGCUGAUAUUGAUUAAUAUUUUUGAAAGUAUAUGAAUAUUUUAACCCAAGUUUCGUAUAAAUAUUAUAUUAUUACAGUGCAUGUUGAUUAUGAAUGUGUAUUCAAAAUAAAUAAAUACUUUUUUCA